CGAAGUUGGUCUUCUCGAUAGAUCUUGCCUCUGGAGCCCCCAUCGUGAUGAAGCGGCGGGAGACGAUGGACGCUGUGUUCAUGCCAUUGUGGGCCACUGGUGUUACCAUGGCUGUUCGAGCUGCGUAUGCGUCGACGUGGUUUCAAAGGUAUGUCGAACGCCAUGGGCCAGAAGCAAUCUACCCGUCGUCAUUGGGACUGUCCUUUGUCGUGUUCUGGACACACUCGGCCCUCAUGAUGGUGAUUGACUACACGAAACCUGCAUGGGCCACACAGUUCAAAGUGCAACCCGACAAGUACGCUUCGAGCAGCAUGACGUGGAGCGCUGUCAAAGUUGCGCUGGUCAACCUGCUGGCAGUGGCCCUCCCCAUGUCGAUUGUCAUGUUCAAGGUUGUGCUGCCGUGGCGCGGAGUGGUGCCGCACGGACUGCUUCCUUCAUGGGGGUCUGUCGUCUUUGAAUUUUGCUCGUUUCUCGUGGUGGAGGAGUUCUUGUUCUACUACUCGCAUCGAAUGUUCCACACGCGGGCAUUGUAUGCGACGUAUCAUAAGAAACAUCACGAGUUCACUGCUCCGAUCGGCGUCGCUGCGGUCUACUGCACGCCCGUCGAAAUGGCCGUCGCGAACGUGUUUCCACUCAUGGCCGGUACCGCCCAAACUCGACUUUUCCAUGGUGCUUACGUCAGCAUUGCUGCAGGGCCAGUGCUGAUGGGGUCCCACGUGACGACAACAACGGCGUGGUUUUGCGUCGCGCUCAUCAACACGGUGCAAACCCACUCGGGGUACGACUUUCCCUUUAUGGCGUGUCCAAGAGCCCACGACUUUCACCACGAAACGUUCAACGAGAACUUUGGUGUCUUGGGCGUGCUCGACACAGUGCACCACACAAACGUCAAAUUUCUCGAGAGAAUGGCCGAACAGACAAACGCACAGGUGAAAAAGCCCAAGGCAGCUUGAUCCUCGUGCUAAUUUCCGUUGCAUAUUCCGUGCAUGACGCACGAGGAACUUUAAGAGGAAUGGCUACGUUUUGAGUUGCAAUGUGCUGUCGUUGAAAUGCAAACGCCUGCCGUGAUGGCACGAUGAUCGAUA